AAGAUCCGGGUACCGCGGCCCCGCCUCCUUGUGACGUAGCGCGGUGUUUAUUGUGUCAAAACAGUGGCGAGGUGCGACCGGGACGGGAGGAGUGGAGCGGGCUGUCUGUCUGUCUGUUGAGAACGGCAACACCAACACGGAUACGGAUACGGAUACGGAGACUAGCUGGACAAUCUUUAUCCUAUAAUGGCGGAAGGAGGUUUUGACCCAUGUGAAUGCAUCUGCUCACAUGAAUAUGCUAUGAGAAGGCUGAUAAAUUUGCUGCGACAGUCACAGUCUUAUUGCACAGACAACGAGUGUCUGCAAGAAUUGCCUGGACCAAACUCUACCAAUGACGGCAGUCUAACAUUUUCAAUGAUUAUGAUGGCUUGGAUAAUCAUUGCCCUUGUGUUGUUCCUGAUGAGACCUGCUAGCCUGAGAGGAUAUCCAACAGGUGGCAAAUCACAAGGGCCCCACAAUAAUCCAAGGCAAGAACCUCCUGCUCCUCCAGUGGAUUAGAUUUAUGGAAGUGGAUUUCUUAUCAUUACCAGCUAAGAAACCAACCGACCAAACCAAUAACUGUGGCCUGAAAUACUCUCAAAACAGUUAGUUUACUGAUAUAUAUUUUACCAAUAUUUUCAUAAAAAAUCAAUAUUCCCAAUAUAGUUAUUACAAUAGUUGAACAGUUAAUUGCACUACUUUAAAAAAAUUAAACUCUUACAUUUUAGACAAAUGGACACAUUUUCUGUUACAAAGCGAUUGGGAAAGAUGCACAUUCCUACACUGAUCUCUGCCAGCUUUGUUACUAACAUAUUGUACAUAAAAAGUGCAGGGAUCAUGGGAUAGAUCACUAUUACUUCUGUCACUGUACCUGACACUGGGGUACAGUGCUAGCAGGUUAUCCAAAUCAUUUGUACUUUACCCUAAUAAGGUUAUAAUAAUAACUUUUAUUUAUGCCUGUUUUUGGAUGGUAAUUGGUCAAGAAAUGGCUUGCGCAUUAUUGUAUCGUUUUGACUGCUCCUUUAAGAUUUUGAUGCCAGUAGGUUUUAGCUGUAACUUGUUUGAAGUAGUUAUUUUAAAAUCCUUUUCUGUAACAUGCAGACUUUUUGGAAAUCCUUAUUUCCUUUCUAUACAGUGCAUACAUUCCAUAUACCUUUUGGCUUAUCAGUAUGUUUCAUUUAAAUGUUCUGAUAUUCAUAAUUCAGUAUGAUGUAUACUAGUGCCAAUCGAUAUUGCAUAUGUAUUAUUUUAUUGUACACCAGCAUCCUUCAUUCGCUAGGAUGCACCACUGAAUUCUUUGCAACUCCAGUGCCAAUAUUCCUCUCUUAUUUAAAUGCCAAUUUAUAAUGUUCUGUAGAAGGCAAUCUGAUGCCUUAAUCCUAAUUCCAGGGAAAGACUUCUCUACCAUGAUGUUUCUCACAUAACAUUUGACCAGGACCUGAGAAUUUUAUUACACACUAGACUCAAAAGUAAUUGUACAGUAGUACCUGUUCAUUGUAUGAAAGGGUUGUUGCUGUGUCUAUUCAGAUUGUGUUGUAUAACAGAAAAUCUUUGCACUUAAGGAAGCAAUGCCUGAAUUAGGCUUUAAAAUGUGUAUGUGAAAUAUCUUUCUUCAUCAUUUUCAUAAUUGUGGGCAUUUGAGAAUGGUAUUUUUGAUUUUAUAUGAGUGAAUUGUUCUAAUUGAAAGACUAAUGUAUGAUGAAUGUGGAGCAGUAACACUUAACUCAUGGCCACAAUUCCUUAUUCAGCUCUGUGUCUUUUAUGAGUAUUGUUAUAAAAUGCAUAAUAUGGGUAGUUUAGUAAAUCUAAUAAUAAUCGGAGCUCCACUUGUACAUUCCUAAAAUAUAUUAUAGUAUUACAUAGGUGAAGCCCCAGGAAUAGGAAGGAAAAUAAGAAACUUCUUUGUACUCAAUUUCAUCUUGUGGAAUUGGUCAACCUGCUUGGAUGCAAGCACACUAGAUCAUGUAAGUUCACAUUAUCUUAGUUCGGAAUAAUGCUGAUAUUCUCCCUGCCCCCUCCCCCCCCCCCAUUUUAAUUAAUGGAAUAGCUCUAUUAGUACUUUUUUCUGAUUGAGUGUACCACUGUCUUUAGUAGAUUGUGCAUUGAAAACUGAGGUAACUUCUAUCUCUUAGUCAUUCAAGUCAGCAAAGCUCAGCUCAUGGACUGUGCUGCAGAAACAUAUUUCAGCCAAUUUAGGGACAGGGUUGCUACAAUUAGACAUAACUCUCAUGAGUGAAGAAGAGCAAAGUCAUUGUAUAGAAUUACCACUAAAAUAUAUAUAAUGUGAAGGGCAUAGUUGAGUUUAGCUUGGAUAAUCCUUGAGGGUGAAUAACCAAAGUACAUUCACCAACAGUUGGGUACUGCAUGUUGAGGCAAAUUACUGAAAGACAAACUGCCACCAGUGGAAAUAUCUCUGCAGUAUUGGCACAAAGACUGAUAAGUAAUGUUAAAACUGAAGAAAAUUAAAAUGUUGUGGCUUUGCUGAAGUUGCCUAUUUUUCAGUCGAUCAGUAGAACAGUCUCCAUAUGACAUUGUCAUUUUGGUAGAAAAUGUAGAAUUAUUAAUAAAACUCCCUAAGUUUUGAGACUUAUUAAUUAAAAUGUUUUUCAAUGCAACAUUUGUAAACCAUAUAAAUGACCUAGCAAAAUGUGGUGUUCGGGAGAAAUAAAAUAUAAACCUUUCCAAAGAAGGUUUCAAUAUUCAUAACUAAUUAUAGAAAUCCAUGUCUAGGUUUGUAGCUAAUCACUAUUUGUCAAACAGUGGGACAUCCUCUGCCUUUUGAAUUUGUUCUGACAGUGGAAUGUGGACAUGUACCAUAAUGAGGAAUUUGUUCUUUUCAUUAAAUUACAAACUUUUCACUUAUGAUUUCCUUAAUGUUAAGUUAUUGAUUUCUUAAAUCAGCAGAUUCAGAAUUCCGGACAAAAUUAAAUUGCCUAUGGAAGGGUAGCUAGAGUUUAACCUGUAGAAUGAUAUGGUGAGGAGAAUUCAUUGCUAUUGAUCAACUUUUACCAAAAUAAAUUUUGCUCCAAUUGGUUGACAAUUAAACUUUGCUAUUUAAAUCAAUCUGGAAAAAUAAUCUUUUGAUCUAUAUGAAUAGUGAAAUUGGAUUGGUGUAACACUUGGCCCUAACAGCUAUGUCCAGAUUGAUUCACCGCUUCUGCUUUUUAAUAUUUUAUAUUUUUCCUCUUAUAGAACUUUACCUUCUAUGUCAUUUGCUCAGAUAGGAAUGGAAACCAACAUUUUAAUGGUUCAAUGCUUACAUUUAAUAUCAGAGAAUGUAUACAAUAUACAACCUGAAAUUCUCACUCUCCGCAGACACACAAAACAGAAGGAAAAGCCCCACAGAAUGAAUGACGGGGAAAAAAAUGUAAGAAUCCCAAAGCCUCCUACCCGUCCCAUGCAGAAGAUGCAACAAGUAACAUCAAUUCUCUCCCCCUCCACCCACUUUUUCUAGCAUAAAGCAUUUUCAAUCCCAGCACCCACCAUGCAAACAUCAAUAAAGCCCUCACAGAGAGACCAUGGUCUACAGCCCAUCAAAAACGCCAAACAUUUCAACAUCCUUUAGGCUCUCUCUCACUAACAAGGGAGAGAUAGAUAUUGCUCUUUCCACAGUGAGAGGAGAGACAAACAAUCGCUGUUUCGAUGAGAAAUAUUACAAAAUACACAUUUUCACUGUUUUCUCAAAUCACUUAAAAUUUGUUUUUAUUGAUGCUGUUAGGUUGGCUAAUUUCAUUGGAAAGUAAUGCCACUUGGAGAGUUUUUUUUUAACCUUUUGAACAUUAUUGAAGGGUUAUUUUGUUGCAACAUCACUUCUGAAUAACAGUUUGCCAGUGUAAAUUUGUGGUGCUAGAAAGAAAACCUCUAAGAUUAGAAUUGUUAUCAAACAAAAUGACCUACGAUUAACAUACAGAUAACUGAGACAUAAUUGUUUUCCAUCAAAGUCUGUGUCUUUUUUUUUCAUUUUACUCAAGGAAAAAGAAUUCCAGUGUUAAUAUGGAGAGUAAUAUCAUCUAUGUAUACAUAAGGAUAUAUUGUUUGGAUUUAGUUUUCAUUGCUACUUUUAAUUUAAAGGAAUACAUUGUUAAUUAAAAUAUUCCCACUGAUCUAUUUUGUUAUAAAGGUUUAUCCAUGACUAGUGUAUAUGAUUCACCUCCUUUCUGUCUCCAUGCCUAAUAUCCACACUGGACUAGAACCAUUUGGGAACAAUUGAAGGGGAGUUAUGUCAUCAAAUCUAAUGCAAAAUAAAAUUACAUUUAAGCUUGUAAACUACUAUGGAGCCAGAAACCUAACAUAGGCCAGAUGCAAUCAUACAAGGAAGAGUGCGAAAACAGAAAGGACAUGAUCAGAAGUUGGCUGCCAAACUUCUUGGCCACGAAAGGUGAAACGAUGCCAGAAAAAAAGUAAAAGGGUAAUAUGGCCUUUGGCAAAUUUGCAAUAUUAUUUUUAUUGCUGUCACAAGUUAUGGGAUGCAUUGCUUUCUUUUCCAAAAUGCUGUAAAUUAGAUUUCUAAAUAUGUCAAUAAAAAGUUGCUGUCAUGUUAAAUUUAUGUAAAAUAGUUGUAAGACUCUUGAUUUCUGCUUAUGUACUGUAAUUAGUGCCAUUCAAGGCUUUUUAAAAACUUUAAGGAAUUGUCACUGGGAUGAUGGCUUCUAUUUUGCACUUUCUUGUUUCUAUUAAAGGUUUAUAUGGUUAUAAG